AUGGGCGACUGGAGCCUGCUGGGGAACGUCCUGGAGGAAGUCCAGGAGCACUCCACGUCGGUAGGCAAGGUGUGGCUGACGGUUCUCUUCAUCUUCCGCAUCUUGGUCCUGGGCACGGCGGCCGAGUCGUCGUGGGGUGACGAGCAGAGCGACUUCCUGUGCGACACGCAGCAGCCCGGCUGUACCAACGUUUGCUACGACCGCGCCUUCCCCAUCGCUCACAUUCGUUACUGGGUGCUGCAGAUCGUCUUCGUCUCCACACCGUCCCUUAUCUACAUGGGUCACGCCGUGCACACCGUGCGAAGCGAGGAGAAGCGACGGCGCCGGCUUGAGGAGGAGCACCAGGAUGGAUCAGAGGUUGAGAAGGAGCGCCUACGAGAGAGUGAGGCCCGUCCGCGCCUGCGAGGUCCACUCCUGCACACGUACGUCCUCAGCAUCCUCAUCCGCACCGCCAUGGAGGUCAUCUUCAUUGCCGUGCAGUACAUGAUCUAUGGAGUCUUCCUCAAGGCGCUCUACCUGUGCACGGCCGCUCCCUGCCCCAACCCGGUCAACUGCUACAUGUCGCGGCCUACCGAAAAGAAUAUUUUCAUCGUUUUUAUGCUAGCGGUAGCCGCCGUAUCGCUAGUGCUGUCUGUGUUGGAGCUUUACUACUUGGGUUGGAAGAGCCUAAGGGCGUGCGUACGACAGAGGGCCUCCGUUAAAGGACUGCCAAACCCGGACGAGCCCCCAAAUCCCCCCCCACUAGCACCGCCUCCUGACUUCAGCCGCUGUGUGGCCCCCGUUCCCUUCAGCGACCGCGUGGCACUGCAGCAGAACUCGGCCAAUAUGGCGGCCGAGCGCCACCGCAGCGACCUGGAGGACGACGAAGAUUUCUUGCGCAGGUACGACCAGGACAACCGACGGCUGAGCAAGUACAGCGGAAGCAGCGGGCGGGGCCGACCGAAUGACCUGGCCAUUUAA